UGGUUACUGCAGAUGGUUGCUGAAAAUGGAUAAUAUUUUGAAACAUUCUUGUUUUGGUCUUUUCGACGCUGCAUGUCAGGUUUUUAGCGUGGAUGAGGCUGGAAAAAUUGUUAUGACAGAUAUCAAUUUGAUGGAGACAACAGGGGAUGAAAGCCUAAAUGAUGUAACAGAGAAUGAAAAUAAUGCUUCAGAACCACAAGAAGUAGAUGAAGAGCUGAUAAGUAUAGUUCAACAACGACCAGCCUUGUAUGAUCCUCGUCUACCACUUCAAGAAAGAACUAAGUUAAAGAAAAAAGAUCUAUGGCAGGAAGUCAGCAAUUGUCUAGGAGGAGCAUAUUCACCUAUUGACGCCGAAAAAAAUGGCAAUAUUUAAGAGAUUGUUAUACAAAAGCUAGGAGAAAUUUUAAGAAAAUACAAAG